AUGUCGAAAGUUUUAGUUGUAUUGAAGCCGACCUCAAAAUUACUCAAAUAUUGGAGUCUCUUAUAUCUAUUGAUAAUGAUCAUUCAGAUUAUCAUCAUCCCUCUUUAAAUCGAACCCUUCUUUGUGUUAUUUCUUAUACUCAAAGUCAUAGAUGCCCUCUUGAACUCGAUCUCAACAUUUGCAAUCAACGGAGAGAUCGAAACUCAACUAACAGCCAUCAUAAAUCAUUAUUGCAAAUCAUAAUUGGUUUUUGACCUAAUUUUUCUUGGUUCCUUGCUAUUUUAACAGAACUACUGGAGUAUAAUUAUCAAUCUGCUGAGUAACAUCCCGAGACUGAUAUAAAUCUAAAAGCAAGUCUAAUUGUAAAUAUCGAUAUUAAAUAGUAAUAGUGAAUAUAAUAUUUUUAAUUCUUUCUCGCUUUUAAGUAUUUUGAUAACAAAAGCGAUUUUACUGACCCACGUUCUAACAUGUUUUUGGCUAUUUAACCUGCUAAUUGGAAAUGAGGACUCCUUCUUAGAAUAGUAUUUGCAUUCCUUAUAUUAUGUACUCAGCAUCAUGACUUUCAAUUCAGUCGUAAUUGAUACGAGUGAUCAACAAAACAUCAUUGUAUAUAGUGUCAUCUCAUUGUUCUCUCUCAUUUGCUUCUCCUACUUCUUAGCCAAAAUGCUAACAAUUUUUAGGGAUGAUGAAUUAGAUUAGUAAUUGAGUGAAUUCAUGACUCAAAACAACCUAGACUCAACUCUCAAACAAAAAAUAAUUAGUCAUCUACUUUAUUAACCAAAAUACCUUCAUGAUAGAUUUAUUUCACAAUUGUCUAGUAAUUUAAUUUAGGAAUACAAAAUCAGUCAAAGAUCCAAAUUAAUAAACUAGUAUUUUAAAUACUUUAAUUAAAAUACGAUUUAAUCAAUUAUUGAUAAUAGCUAUGAAAUUGUAUGUUAGCCUAAUUAAACUAUAAUUUAAGAGGGUACCUUGGAUGAUUGCUCAUUGUAUUUCAUCCUAGAAGGCUCAGUGUGUUUGAAAUCGAGGACUAAUAUAAAGUUACAGAUUUUGAAAUAAAACAAUUCAUUUGGAGAAAUAGGAUUUUAUACUCAAAAACCACGCAAUUUCACUAUUCAAAGUGAUGGAGUAACUAGACUUUUGAAAAUAGAACGAACAACAUUCUUAUCCUGUUUAAGCUUCAAUGACAAAUAAUUGUUUUAUCAAUAGAGAGAUAAAAUAUUAUUCAAUCAAGGUUUACCAAUUAAAUGUGCAUGUUGUUAAAAGGAUGAUCACAUCAUCACAAGAUGUCCAUUGUUGACUUAUAAACCAAAUUAAAGUUUAAUUUUAUAAAAGUUUAUUUUUCCACACAAAUAAAGCAGAAAAUAAUAUAAGCGAAGUUACUUUAAAGAUAUGAGAGCAUUAAAUUUUUAUUAAUGUGCAUCUCAAUACGAGGUGGCAUUUUUAAAAUUAUUCUCAGAUCAAUUACAAUAAUCAUAACUUAGCCAAUCUCAAUUGCCUUAUGAUGAUUUUGCUGUUCGUGAUUCUAAUGUAAGUGCUCGGAGUUUAACGAAAUUCAGCAGAGACAGAUCUGUUGUCAAAUCCACUUCUUUCAUGAAGUAACAAUCUGGCUAUGAAUAACAAUCCAUGCCCAACAACACCGAUAAUUUAUUCCCUAAUUUUGAUUAAGAUAACGAAUUUCAAAUCAUAAACAACAACCAAGAUAAAAAGUAUGACGAAUUCGAAUCCUUAAUAAGAACUGAUCAACAAAAAAGAACCUUUGCCACUGCUGGAUUUGGAUCUCAAAGCUUGGCUGCUUCCAAUAAAGAUUUAACUUAAAAAUCUUUAAACAUCAUUUUGGAAAAUGAAGACUCUGACAGUAUCUCAGAACCCAAAUCUAAAUCAGUAGAGGAAGAGAACGUUGUUGAUUCACCUCAAGAUAAAUUUGAGAGGAAGAAUAUUGAUCCAAAAUUAACAUUCAAUUACAAUUUUGAAACUCAAAUGAAUGAACUUCAAAAGUAAAAUUAAAGUCAUCCACGUUUAUCUCGUCUAGGAUCUGGUUCUAUUCGAUAAUAAAGCUCAAGAAAUAGUACAUAUAAAUAUCCAGAUGUAAUAAGUUAACGUUAAAAUUCUUCCAGAUCAUUAACUUACAGUCCAAUCCCAUCUAAUAGUUAAAUAAAGUCAGGAAUGCCAUCCUCUAAAUAGCAUAGAAAGUCUACAUUCUCUUUCCCCCAAAAAUUAGUCUAAUAAACUCGUUAAGUUGAUACUACUAAUCUUGAUGAUAGUAGAAGUUAAUAGCAAAGACAUUCAAUUAGAAAAAUAUCAACUAAAACUGGAACAAAGGUUUCUAUUAUCCCCUCCUGUUUCUAGCCUUUCAGCAACGUGGAUUUACCUCUCUACGCUAAUAAUUCUUUUGGAUUAAAUAAUUUUGAUGCUAUGUAUUCAUUUGACUACUACCUGCCUCACAAUAAUUAUGAAAUUACAAUAUACAAGGCUAAUAAAUUUAGAUAUAUCAGAGAAAUAUAUCUUUCAAAGUAUUUAAAUGACUAUCAUCUAUCAAACAUGAUUUAACUAUUAAAAUAAAAAAGAUUGAAAACAAUGAAAACUUAUACAAGUUAAAAAAAGUUAGGGUGA